CUGAUAUUGCUGUUCGAACGCCGUCGUUUGAAAGGCGGAAGAGCCUAACAGUUAAUCAGGAGACAGUAACGGUAGAUUAGCUACAAAUCCUAGUGGGUUAGUUGGCCACUUGAUGUCUUCGCCACAUAUAAAUAGCUAAAUGGUGCAAUCGAAUCGCACCAUUGCUGUCUCGGUUGUGUUGCACAUCGGCGCAUCGUAUUUCUGGUCACGAUGAACUUAAAUCUUUGGUGCGUUUUUACUUUCGCCCUGAGCCCCGUACUUAGCGCAACAGUCAACAGGAUUAUUGGUGGAGAGGAAGCGGAACCACACGAGUUGCCUUAUCAGGUUUCACUGCAGUGGAAUUACAAUAAUAGCGCGAUCGCACCGAUGCACUUCUGCGGUGGUGCCCUGCUAACCAAGGAUUGGGCCCUAACGGCAGCACACUGUAAAACUUCUUAUACGCCAGAUGGAUUUACGGAGGUAGUGGCCGGUGCACACAACAUCCUGGACGCAGAGGAAGAUAACCAGCGCAGAAAGAUCGAACGUAUGAUCACGCACGAUCAGUACUGUGGGACAAUCUGUCCGUACGAUAUUGCACUGAUUCGUGUUGCAGUGCCAUUUGUGCUGGGAGAUCACGUAAAACCGAUCCGCUUGCCGGCGAUGAAUGAAUCAUUCCGCGGAAGUGCUCUGGUUAGUGGAUGGGGAGCUGUAACACCGGCACUGGUUCCGGAAUAUCCGGACACACUGAGAAAAGUAGUACUGCCGCUCGUGGAGUACGACGAUUGUCGACAGCUGUGGUACGAUGUGAGUCAUCUAGCAGAAACCAACCUGUGUGCUGGGCCCGAGGAUGGUUCCAAAGCAUCCUGCUCGGCCGACUCCGGCGGACCGUUAGUCACAACGAACGGAACGCGUAUCAGCGAAGAACCUGUUCUGAUUGGGCUAGUUUCUUGGGGACCUUUCCCGUGUGCGUCUCCCUGGCGACCGAACAUCUUCACCGGUGUCGCCUACUUUGUCGACUGGAUUGAGCAACACGUUGAAGAGGGUUGAAGAGGUGAAUAAGGUCAAUAAAGCAGCCGAUACACAGCGAUGAUUUUCGAUCAUUACUAUCCGGACCACAUGAUUCUGGUCAGCAGGUAUCUGUGAGUUGCCUAUUCUAACCCUAUUCUUGCCCUUUUGUUUAAGAAAGAUAAUAUCUUCGUCGGACCGGUUUUGAUUACCGGUUUUUUUUUGUUGUUGCGUGGGGAGCGAUGGUUGUGCGCGCAGUCGCGUUACUGAUGGCGCGAAACAGCGAACCUUGCUCACUUACAUGCGAUCCGGGUUGGUUUUGUGAAAUUUUUCGUACUUCUUCAAUUCGAUCCCAUUCGAUUCCGAAAAACGAACGUUCAUGCACUCAUCACGAGUGCUGGUCGAACGCGACGCCCAUCGAACGCAGUAACCCUGGCGAAUUCUGGUUAAGGCCAUCGUGGACCUAGCGGGCCUGGCGGACCUUUUUCUCCAAAAACUAUUGUCUCGUUGGGGUAGCGCUACCAGGGCAGUAGGACGCUCUCAGCUGCCUGUGGAGGUGGUAGCAAGUAGCGUUCCGCCGGUCCGCUUCUUGCAAGACGCCGCCAGAGCGCAACAACAGUGCGAUGACGAUGUGCGUUCUUUUAUUGCAGCGAAACGCAACCAGGAGUCGUGGAAGCUAGACGAUGCACGAAUCGGGCAAGGAGAAGAAAAAGAGCGAGAAAACGAUAGUGAAAGCAGAGUCCGUCCCCCUUCCACGAUCGGUAUUACGGGCGAGUCGAAUCCGGCCGAUCGAGUCGAAACCCGGUCGAAAAAGAACGAAUCUUCGCACAACAGCGCAGAACCUGGAGAAGGUUACCUCAACGUGAUGUGCUUUGCCGCCGGUAUUGGCAGUUUGCCGGGACGGAAAGGCGCAACGGUGCUGCUGCACUGUCGGUCCGAAGAAAGAGUGCCAGCAGUUCGGAAUCGGAUACGGCCGAGUCCCGGUUCUGCUGGCAACUCCGAAGGGGAUGGACCCAUUUUUCCAGCAAAAAUAUGAACCGAAGUAACAGGGUUCUAGAGUACGGAGGAGGCGAACGUCCGCGCAAUAGUGGCUGCUUCUAAUUCUAACUCUUUUGUGGCUCACAAUGGGAAAAACAUAUUACAUUAAUUGUGGAGUUUCAGUCAUUUAUUUUCUAAUCUGAAUAAAACAAUUACUGAUUAAAUUAUUUUUUUUUGACAUUAAGUCGAACAACUACGGCGCUUUAAAUAAAAUGGACAAUCCCUUACUCUUCAUUUCGUUUCGAUCAAUUCACACCUUUAUUCUAACGCUAGUUUAUGUCCAAUCGGCAACGGUAAUGAGACUCAGUGUGACUGAAAAACUUGCCGUACGAGGGUGGUGAUUCGACCAAAAACGUGGCAAAGCAAAUCUCUCCACGUUCUGACGCCCUAGUCUAAUUCUAUCAUAAUUUGCAUACAAAUGUUGCCGGGAGGCGCAUGAGCGCGCAGAGCAAACAACAAACUCACCGACUGAUGACGUCAAUCGCGCAGGAAACAACGAUGAUGAUGACGCACUGUGGUGAGUACAAUCUCUACAAAAACACACAGUCGGCAGCUGUUCGAUGGAGUAGUACCUCCAUUUUUGCCUGGUGGCCGCGUAGGACGAUUUCAAAAUUGAACAUGUGGUUCACGAACGCGCGCAACAAACGAAGGCUGCAACUUUGUUGCGUUCGUUGUUACACCCGUGUUUGGCUCUCGCAUCUUCCGCUCGUUUCAAUCUACCACUAAAUCGAAAUGGCCACCCAUCCACGUUCGAACGACGUCGUCAUUCAUCGAGGUUGCACUCGCGUCUCCAAGAUGCUCGGUGCACGUUCGAUGUAAAGACAAAUCGCACUUCUUCGCACUGCGACAUCGGUACCAAGAUUGCAUACUAGCGAUGCAACAGAACGGCCACCAACGGUGCGUUAUUGCAAUUCGCGCGAAAAGCAGCGUGCGAAGCGAGAGACCAACAGCGGGAAUCAAUUAGCAAGGGAGCAUUUGUCGAUACAACAAACAAAAAAAAAAAGAAAGGCAAAAACAAUUGCAUUAUCAUUAAUGUCAAUGUUAUUUUCCUGUUGUCCCAUGCGCAUAACGGCGAUAUUAACAUUAUUACCAGGCACUGUGGUGUGGCACGAUACGACACUUGCAUUCGGGCGUGGUACUUCGUAAUCAAAAAUUCGCCAUGCGCCUGCGUCCCUAAUGAGCUGUGUUGAAUAAAUGUUUCCGAGCCAGGUCAUCAUCGAAUCACAUUAAUGAUAUUGUGGCGAAAAGAUAUUUUUUGCUGCACCCAAAAAACCCCGGAAAUUUCAUCGAAAAUUGUAUCUCCAUGCAUGUAAAAAAAUAUUUUCUAAUUUUUGUUAGUUUAUCGAAAAUAUUCUUCAAAUCUCGAGUACCUAUAAUAAAUAAAAUGGUUAUGUUAAUUUAUUGUCGUCGAAAAACGUCCCUCGCAUUCGGUGGAGUGUGAACAGUACAAAUUACCAUAGCAACACUCUGGUACAGCGGUUGUAACGUUCAAAUCAAAAACCCUUCCCCUAGCAAUCACGUUGCGCGUGUAAUCGAGCAACUCGUUCAUUGUUCGUACGCACUCACAGCAACAAAAACACAUACACACAGCAUGCCUAUGUACGCCGCACAACCGCAACGAGCAGAGUUGAUUGCCCUCUUGACUGAAUGCGCCCUGCUCUGCGCAUGUCUCCCUGGUACAGAUUCAUCCAAGGACAUUGCCAUG